GCAUAUGAAGAUCCCUUUCUUCAUUCUCUUAUUGCCCUACUAAUUCCAAUGGCUGAAGAAUUUACCGCCGAAGAUUUUUGCACAGGACUUUUUGAUGAAUUUCUCUUUGCUAGACUCACAAGAGACAAUGUUACGCGACACAUGCUAAAGUUAUUGUGGUACAUCCAUCUCAAAUUACCAGCUGCGCGUCUCCAAACACUUCUCAAGGCACUCCAGCCAUCCUCUCAGCACCAUGAAAACGUACACAAAUUAUAUGACAAUCUAUAAACACGGAUUGGGCUGGCAAUUCAGGAAAAUAUCGCGUCAGAGACUAUAGAUAUUGACUAUGAUUCACCUCUAAAAAGUGUUCCUACGCCAAAGCCUCAUUAUCUUUAGUUUUUUUUUAUGAUGAAUUUUUCUAUUUCUUUCAGUUUGCCACAUAAUUUACCGAGUUGUUUUAUGUGUAUCUUAAAUUUUGAUAAAAACAUUUAGUGAAUCUAGUUAUAGAGAAAAUUUGUCAUUCCAAUCAACAUAACCCGUUUGUGAAUUAUAGUAGGCUAUGCAUUAGUGAAAAAACAAUAUUUCUGUAAAGUUUAUAGCGUUCAUAGCUCUUCUCUCAAAAGAAAAUGUCGCAAAAAUUGGAGAACUACAGUUUGAUACUACAAGAUGGGACCGUUCUUCAUGGCGAAAGCGUUGAUCAGCGUGGUGAUGUAGACGGAGAAUUUUUUUUUACCACAGCCAUGGUGGCUUAUCCGGAUCAGAAUCUGAAUCCGGUCUGAAUUUUAGUUGAAAUGACUAAUCCACCGAAGUUUGUGGGCACCGGAUUGGAAGAACUGAAAGUUCCUGGACAAGCUUAUCUUCGUGAUGCACUCCCUUCUUGUACAGACCCCCUAAAAGCCAUUGAGAAUUUUCAAUUAGAAAAUGGCAUCCUAUUACCAUCUCUUCGCCCAAUGUUACCUCUACUUGACCUUCAUGGAGUACGGCGGCUGGAUUUUCAUACGUCGGUUUUGGAGGAGCUCCGUGAGAAAUUAAUUGCUGAAAUAAAUAAACUUGGAGCAAAGGAAGGAUGAGAAAUAAUUUUCGAUAAACUUCUUAAAGAAAGCUUUCCUGUCGUAAGAGUGCGUGCGCUAAGUAAAAAGGCAAAUUUGGAGAGAUAAUCAAUCACUUUUUGGAGACGAAGUAUCACCACUUUUAUCGCAAUAUAUACGAGAAAAAGAGCAUAUCCUGUUUGAUCAUAUGAACCUUAACAACCUGUUCUUUACGCCAUCUCCUAAGUUACGACGCCAGGGAGAAGUGGUCCAGAAACUAGCUAAUAUGAUCGGGAACAAUGUUAAAUUGUAUGAUAUGGUGCUCCAAUUUUUGCGUACAUUAUUUCUGCAUACCAGAAACGUGCAUUACUGCACUCUAAGGGCAGAAUUACUGAUGGCACUACACGAUCUUGAGGUUCAAGAUAUUAUUUCCGUAGAUCCAUGUCACAAGUUCACAUGGUGUUUGGAUGCAUGUAUACGUGAGAAAAAUGUUGAUAUCAAGCGAUCACGGGAGCUACAAGGUUUCUUAGACAAUAUUAAGAGAGGUCAAGAACAAGUACUUGGGGAUCUAUCAAUGACCUUAUGUGAUCCCUAUUCCAUCAACUUCUUAGCAACAUCUGCAAUCAAAAUUCUACAGCACCUUAUUAACAAUGAGGGUUUGGCCAGAGAUAAUACCAUUUUAAUUCUCUUACUGAGAAUCCUUGCCCUAGGACUUAGUGCAUGGGUCAUGAUCGAUUCCCAGGAAUUUAAGGAGCCAAAAUUAGAUAGCCAGGUUGUGACAAAAUUCUUACCAGCUCUCAUGUCUCUGAUAGUGGAUGAUCAGGUACGACAUUUAACAGCUCGUCUUCCCCCAGACGAGCGCGAAAGUGCUAUUACAACAAUUGAACACUCUGGUCCAGCUCCAGAUGCUGUGGAAGCGUAUAUACAAGAGAGUACAGUGGCAUCUAUAUUAGGAUGAUCGAGCAUAUGAAGAUCCCUUUCUUCAUUCUCUUAUUGCCCUACUAAUUCCAAUGGCUGAAGAAUAAAAGGGAUAGAUGCCAGAGGGAAUGGCUUUAUACGAAUUGUAACUGAGGAAACAUACAAGAAAUUGGACAAUGAAGGUACCACCAGCUUCCUCUUCAGUGUUGAGAAGAAUCGGCAUGAUGCCCUCUCGAAAAACUCCUACCAAUUGGGGAAUUCAAGCUUCAAGAGGAUCAAAUUGACUCCUCAGUAACAAUGUAAAGUUUUACUACCAGCAGUGGAUGGAGGAGCAAGCACAGAGUCUCAUUGAUGCCACAACAGCAGCUUUCAAGGCCGGAAAAAUUGUCCAGAAUCCCUUUGCACAGCCCCCACCAAAGGGGGUAGCCAUCCCGCCGCCCAACACCCUUGCACCGCCUCCGCGGCAGGGCAUGAUGACUGGAAUUCCGGGAAUGCCUCAGAUUUUAUCUGUAAAUUCCAACUUUAUUUUCUGUUCAAUAAAAGAAAACAUCCGGAUGCUUAUCUAAGAAGGUGGGUUUUUUUAGAUACCUUUGCGCCACUUUUCGCAGGUCUUGGUCUCGGUCAUGGGCUUGCCCGCUACCCCACAGGUUCCAAUUCCUACCCUCCCAUUGACAUUGUCCGGAGACGCAAAGAUGCUCUUUGGAAUGCCAGCUGAUCCAGAUUUCUUGGCGCUUUUUGUCGUAAAAGCCAACCAUUUGUUCUUCUCCGUCUCACGCUCAGCUUCCAAUUCCUUAAAUCUCUGUUGCUUUUUCAGUUUCUUCUUGCUGAACUCUUCUUCAGCAGGUCAGCAAGAUGCGGACUUGGAGUCUCCAAUGUGUAGGAAUUCGACCUCACGAUCCUCUGCACAGGUGCCAUCCUCUUCAACUCCUUCUCCGGAGGCGACAUGGGCACACUCCCAUACCCAGAAAUCCUCCUACGCUCCACCAAAGGCACAGAAAUGGACAGAGAAUGAACAGGAGCUCAGAAUUACAAGCCAGUAACCAGUGACAUUUAAAAUAGAAGAAGAAGAAGAAAGAACGCCUAUUCGCUUUACGCCUAUUGGCUUGUAGGAAUCUUUUCUAACCUAAAAAAUAAUCAGUGCAAAUAACGCGACUUUUCACAAGUUUUUCCGAGUUUCCUGAAGAAAGAGUGUUUGUCUUGGUCUGAAAAUUAUGGACCAGGAAGUAAAGAAUCACCUGGCAAUGGAUGUUUUGGUGAAUAACGAGAAGGUGAAUGUGGAUCAGUUGUCCGGGAAGCUCAAUCUUCCUCUGCAAAAGUGCUCCUUGAAGCUGGAAGAUUGACUCAAGAGCUGCCUGGCUAAGGAGUUGGAGAAAAUAUCUCGGGAAUUUAUGAUAAAAGGGAUAGAUGCCAGAGGGAAUGGCUUUAUACGAAUUGUAACUGAGGAAACAUACAAGAAAUUGGACAAGGAAGGUACCACCAGCUUCCUCUUCAGUGUUGAGAAGAAUCGGCAUGAUGCCCUCUCGAAAAACUCCUACCAAUUGGGGAAUUCAAGCUUCAAGAGGAUCAAAUUGACUCCUCAGUAACAAUGUAAAGUUCUACUACCAGAAGUGGAUGGAGGAGCAAGCACAGGAUGGGAAGGGCAAGGCAUGGAUCUAUCCGGUCGCCACUGUGGAAGGGUGGUGGUGUCAGUCAUGGACCACGGUCACCCACGAGCCACUUCUAUAUGCUGCCCUAUUUUACGAGGGUCAUGGGACUUACAUCAACGCUGUCUGUAAAGUUGGCCCAGAAUGACUUGUUUGUGGUGGAAAAUCUCGAUAUUCCCGUAGAGGAUCCGAAGUUUGUGCAGGAACUGAUAGAUGCUCGGACUUGGGGACCGUCAGUGCUGAUAGUUGAUGAGUAAGUUUAUAGCUGUGGUAUGUUCCCAAGGAAUUUCUGGAGACCCUUUUACUUUUCCAGGAGUGAUAUUUUCCCUUACAACAUCACUGCAGCCACAGAACAAAUUCCUCAUGUUACUAUGAUGCCCCUGUACGGGCUGAAUGUCUACUCUAUGUUGAAAUAUCACACCCUGGUUCUCACGAAGGACGCUGUCCGGAAACUCGAAGAAAGAAUUCUCUACCAGUUCAAUCGAUCGGACAGCAGGGAACUCGUGAAGAAAUUCCGCGUUAGUCAGUGAAAAACAUUUUAAAAGGGCAACAGAAUUUAAUAAAGUAGCUUUCCAGAGACAAAUGUAAUCGUUUUAACUCCGCGGGUCUCUCUCCUUGGUCAACUUCUCCCGGAUUGACCAUCGCAGGUCCAGGUGCUUAUUUUGUCCAGGAAUAUUGUCUUUGAAGCUGUCCCACUCUUUCUGAUACUUCGAAUGCAUGGUUACGGGAUCACUUUUUGUUUUUGGUCGCGUGACUUUCGGGCGAAUCCCUGGAAAACAAAUUCCUGGUUACCAUGUCUCCUUGGCCUUUGACCCUAUUUCCCACUGCCCUAUAUUUCACCUUCUCUGCAGAAAAAUACUUACACAUCUUGCUUCUCGAAUUAACUGAUUCCGGACGCGAUGGCUGAAGAUUUUCACUCUGAACUUCGUCCUUCUUUCUUUCCGGACGAUGCACUUUGGCCAAGAAGCUCAAUGUUGGUGCUCUAUACAGCAGCCCCUGACGAUGCUUCUGGGCACAUGAGCACUUUGUGGAUUUGCAUAUUUUGCACUGAAGGGUGUCGUAUUUAAUUAAUUUCUUCAAAUCUGCGGCAAAAAGAGGAAAAUUCAAAAGGAUUGAGGUUAUGAAUAUCUUUUAGAUUUUCACAAGUUUUUCCGAGUUUCCUGAAGAAAGAGUGUUUGUCUUGGUCUGAAAAUUAUGGACCAGGAAGUAAAGAAUCACCUGGCAAUGGAUGUUUUGGUGAAUAACGAGAAGGUAAGGUGUUUUCCACAUUUUUCAAGUGCGGUUUUGGCAAACAUUUUGUCCUUUAGGUGAAUGUGGAUCAGUUGUCCGGGAAGCUCAAUCUUCCUCUGCAAAAGUGCUCCUUGAAGCUGGAAGAUUGGAAGAAGUCCUCAGACAUUCCAUGGACAUGUCCUCGGACAUUCCAUGGACAUGUCCAUGGAAUGUCCGACAUGUCCAUGGACAUGUCCAUGGAAUUUCCGAGGACAUGUCCAUGGAAUGUCCGAGGACAUGUCCAUGGAAUGUCCGACAUGUCCAUGGACAUGUCCAUGGAAUUUCCGAGGACAUGUCCAUGGACAUGUCGCCAUCCUCUUCAACUCCUUCUCCGGAGGCGACAUGGGCACACUCCCAUACCCAGAAAUCCUCCUACGCUCCACCAAAGGCACAGAAAUGGACAGAGAAUGAACAGGAGCUCAGAAUUACAAGCCAGUAACCAGUGACAUUUAAAAUAGAUGAAGAAGAAGAAAGAACGCCUAUUCGCUUUACGCCUAUUGGCUUGUAGGAAUCUUUUCUAACCUAAAAAAUAAUCAGUGCAAAUAACGCGACUUUUCACAAGUUUUUCCGAGUUUCCUGAAGAAAGAGUGUUUGUGUUGGUCUGAAAAUUAUGGACCAGGAAGUAAAGAAUCACCUGGCAAUGGAUGUUUUGGUGAAUAACGAGAAGGUAAGGUGUUUUCCACAUUUUUCAAGUGCGGUUUUGGCAAACAUUUUGUCCUUUAGGUGAAUGUGGAUCAGUUGUCCGGGAAGCUCAAUCUUCCUCUGCAAAAGUGCUCCUUGAAGCUGUAAGAUUGACUCAAGAGCUGCCUGGCUAAGGAGUUGGAGAAAAUAUCUCGGGAAUUUAUGAUAAAAGGGAUAGAUGCCAGAGGGAAUGGCUUUAUACGAAUUGUAACUGAGGAAACAUACAAGAAAUUGGACAAUGAAGGUACCACCAGCUUCCUCUUCAGUGUUGAGAAGAAUCGGCAUGAUGCCCUCUCGAAAAACUCCUACCAAUUGGGGAAUUCAAGCUUCAAGAGGAUCAAAUUGACUCCUCAGUAACAAUGUAAAGUUUUACUACCAGAAGUGGAUGGAGGAGCAAGCACAGAGUCUCAUUGAUGCCACAACAGCAGCUUUCAAGGCCGGAAAAAUUGUCCAGAAUCCCUUUGCACAGCCCCCACCAAAGGGGGUAGCCAUCCCGCCGCCCAACACCCUUGCACCGCCUCCGCGGCAGGGCAUGAUGACUGGAAUUCCGGGAAUGCCUCAGAUUUUAUCUGUAAAUUCCAACUUUAUUUUCUGUUCAAUAAAAGAAAACAUCCGGAUGCUUAUCUAAGAA